UUUCCAGAGGAGCUAACAAACUUCAUGUCCAUUGUAGUUGAGAUGAGGCGAGUCAGUAAUAUGACUGCUGGAGGAAGAAAGAAAACUCAGCGUGCCAUGGUUGUCGCCGGCAACUACAAUGGGGUUGCAGGUUUUGGUGUCGGUAGAGGGCAAACACCGAUAAGUGCUAUACGAGAGGCAAGAAACAGAGCUGUGAGGUAUCUUUACUUCAUUGAACGCUGUGAUAACCACACAAGUUAUGGACUUCGCUGUCACCGAGCUAUAAAAGAGAUUGCGAUGCUUCUUGGGAUUAAAGACAUGCGCUGUAAGGUUCAGGGACCCACGACUCCUCUUAGCCUCGUUCGAGCGACUUUUCAGGGAUUGCUCAGCCAGGAAACGCACCAGCAGCUAGCUGAUCGCACGGGCCUCAACGUGGUGGAGUUCAGAACCGAGUGUGGAAUGAGACCUGUUAUUGUGGCCUCCCCUCGUGAAGGAGCCCAGAACAAGAUCUUAAAAAAGAGAUCAGACAAAGCGGAGUAUGACUUGAAUGAAGUCUUCGACCCUUACAGGGGACUACAUCGACCCAAGAAAGUACAAGAUUUGUUCUAGUCCAAAUCGCGUGAAUCGACAGCUGUGGCAUUUGCUAACUGGUCUUAAAAUAUUUUCGCCCGUGUUUUAUGCGAACUCAGAUAUUCAAACGUUACACAUGGGAUGUAAGAAAUCAAAUGUCCAUGAAAUAACCAUUGUGUAGUGUACGUCCGCAAGAGGUAAUUUUUAUGGAUGAUUUGUCUCGCUGCUAUAGGUCCCAUCCCAUUGGGCGAGGCGG